AUGACACAGCAAGUGUUGACAGCCCAGGAAGUAAUUAACGCAGUUGGUGCAGAGUUCAAUCUCAACACCAAGCAAUGGGUGGUGUUCCGCAUGAUCGCUGAUUUUUUUGUGGCUAAAUAUGUCAAAAAGAAUCUGCCAGAAGAUGAGCAGCUCAGGAUGCUUAUGACAGGACCUGGAGGCACUGGCAAAACUCACAUUGUAAAAGCAGUUCAAUGUGUCCUGCAGCAUUAUGGCUGUGCACAUCUCAUCAGGUUCCUGGUGCCGACAGGAUCUGCAGUUGCUCUAAUCAAUGGAAUGACCAUCCACAAAUGGCUGGGGAUCAAAAUCAAAAGCAAGAACAAAGGGAAGGGGAAUUGGGAUCCUGGCACAACUGCAGAAGAUUACGCGGUGUUGAUCAGUGUGUCUAACCACGCACAACUGCAGGAUGAGUGGAAGAAUGUUGAAUCCCUGUUGUUGAAUGAGGUGUCAUUGGUAGGCCUGCAGUUGAUAGCUGAAAUCAACCAUGCAUUGCAGUUUGCUAAAGAAAAGCCUCAUCUCUGGUUCAGGGGAGUGUCCAUCAUAUUCUCUGGCAAUUUCUUUCAAUUUCUGCCUGUUUGGGGCAGUGCCUUGUACACCCCAAUAUCCUUGUAUGCUGGACAGAACAACACAGAAAUUCAGAAAAGGCUUGGCCACCUUGUGUGGAAAUUGUUGAAUGCUGUGAUCAAUCUCACAGAAUAA